AUGGGAGACGCCGGCGAAUUUUCCACAGCACAGUCGAAUGACAAUCUCGACUAUGAUGUUCUCAUCAUUGGCGCCGGACUCAGCGGCAUCUACUCAACUUAUAAAAUGAGGCAAUAUGGCCUCCGGGCAAGAGUACUCGAGGCGGGCAGCGGAGUCGGGGGCACUUGGUUCUGGAAUCGUUACCCGGGCGCAAGAUUUGACUCUGAAAGUUGGUCGUACAACUUCUCAUUCUCGCAAGAGGUUCUGGACGAAUGGAGCUGGACCGAACACUUUGCGCCCGCGUCAGAGACGCUGAAAUACUGCCAGUUCCUCGCGACCAAGUUCGACCUCGAGCGCGAUAUGCAAUUCAACACCCGCGUCAAGUCCGCCCGUUUCCAGGAGGCAUCCCGCUCCUGGCUGCUCACAGACACCGAAGGCAAAGAGUAUACCUCGCGCUUCCUCAUCACUGCCAUGGGGCUCCUGAAUGAGCCCACGUACCCCGAGAUCCCCGGCGUCAAGGAUUUCAAGGGAGUCUCGAUGCACACGGCGCGGUGGCCGGACAAUGUCUCGCUGGAAGGCAAGCGCGUGGGCAUCAUCGGCACCGGCGCCACAGGGAUCCAAACGAUCCAAGAAAUCGUCAAGACCGUGGGCCAUCUCACUGUGUUUCAACGGACCCCGAACUGGUCGGCGCCUCUCCACAAUGCAAAGAUCAGCCCGGAGGAGAUGGACCGGAUCAGGAGUCGGUACCCCGAGAUCUUCCGACUGUGCAACGAGUCGUACUCGUGCUUCGUGCACGCCGCGGACAACAGACGGACGUUCGACGUGCCAGAAACGGAGCGACUGCAGUUCUGGGAGGAUCUGUACGCACAGCCCGGGUUCAAGAAGUGGCUGAGCAACUUUGGCGACAUCAACACUGAUCGCGCGGCCAAUGCGGCCUUUAGCGAUUUCAUCGCCAACAAGAUCCGACAACGCGUGCAUGACCCCGAGACGGCGGAGAAGCUGAUCCCCAAGAAUCACGGCUUCGGCACGCGCCGUGUGCCCCUCGAGACAUUCUACUUUGAGGCGUAUAACCGACCGAACGUGGAUCUGAUCGAUAUCCACGAGGAUCGCAUUGAGCGCAUCACCGAGACCGGGAUCAGGUUGACGAGUGGGCACCAAGUCGAGCUGGACGUUCUCAUCUACGCGACGGGCUUCGACGCCGUUACUGGCGCCUUUACCGCCGUCGACUUCCGCGGCACGCACGGCGAGUCGAUUGAGGAGGUCUGGUCCGAAGGGCCGCGGACACAGCUGGGCCUGUUCGUGCACGGGUUCCCGAACAUGAUGAUGAUCCUGGGCCCACAUCAGAUGUUCGGCAACAUCCCGCGCAGCAUCGAGUUCGCGGUCGACUGGGUCUCGGACUGUAUCAGGUACUGCGCCCAGAAUGGCAUCACGCGCGUCGAGGCCGUGCCCGAGAAGGUGGACGAGUGGACCGAGCACGUCCACAAGUGUGCUGAAGGCAUGCUGGCAAACGAGGUCGACUCGUGGAUGACGGGCAUCAACAAGAACCUCAAGCACAAGCAGAAGAGGAUCAUUGCGAGGUAUUGGGGCCCGGCGCCGGGCUAUCGGAAACAGGCUGCCGACGUGGCCAGCCGGAAGUAUAGUGAUUUGAGCUUGUCGUGA